AUGAACGCAAUUCGACCUUUGGCAAGAAGUCGCGUUAGAUGUCGUCAUGUCUUCUGGCAGCAGCGACCGCUUUCCUCCAGUCAGCAACAUCAACAAUAUCAGAAUCCAAAUCCAGAUCCAUCACCUAGUGUAGGCCCUGACCAUGCAGAUACUGGUGAUGGGAAGAGCCAACAUGGCUGGCGAGAUACCGCUUUCAAAAUGUUCGAGUCGGCCGCAACCACUUUCGCUUCCAUUGCUGUACUUGGUGCGGCAGGCUACGGCUAUCACCUGUACUACAAAAGUCUUGUGCUCCGGAAAAUGGAUAUAGCAUUCGCUCCGGGUGACCCUGUCCUAGACCUGGCAGGCCCAACACCUUCAUCAAAGGAUAAAGACAUUCAGGAUGGUGACGUUGAGAAGGAUGCUGGCAGUGCGUGGUUCCAACAACCUGAACAGAGCACUAUCGAUGCCAUAAUGUCUGGCAGAAAGCGUGGCAGGUAUUACCUACUGGUGGGUGAAAAGGGUACAGGUAAAUCCAGCAUGAUAAUUGAGGGUAUGCGCAAGGUCGAUGGCUACGGUGUCUCAAUGCUCGAUGCUCACGCCGACCUUGAGAUCUUCCGUCUUCGCCUUGGCAAAGCUCUCAACUACGAAUUUCACGAAGACUACAUUGGCAGUUUGUUCUCCGUUCGUGGCCCUCGUGACACUACCGCUCUUCUAGAUAUCGAGCGCGCCUUCAACAAACUUGAGAAGAUCGCAAUGCGCCGCCGAAAGCAGAAGCGCGCUCCAAUGGUCUUGGUCAUAAAUGCUACCCAUCUCAUUCGCGAUGAUAACGAUGGUCGCGACCUGCUAGAACUGGUUCAGCAGCGUGCUGAACAAUGGGCAGCCUCGAACUUGGUUACAGUCGUCCUGAAUAGUGACGAUUAUUGGGUCUACGAACGCCUCAAAUCUUACGCAACUCGUAUGGAGGUCAUCACAGUCCGCGACCUUCCCAAGAAAGAUGCUCUCGCCGCACUGAGCGUCUAUCGUGCUAAGUACUUUCCUUCAAAGGCUCCAGCUACACCUGAAGAGCUUGACAACAUCUACGACCUUGUCGGCGGCCGUAUAAACUUCCUCAGUCGAGUUGCCAAAUCCGAACACAUGGACAGAAUGGCCAAGACCAUCCACAAUAAUGAGAAAACCUGGUUCCUCAAUCGUUGCGGCAUCCUCGGUGAAUCCAUGGACGACGAUGUGAUGGACCAGCAGAAGUUUGCAUCGUGCGCCAUGGUGCUGGCGCGGGCUCUCGUCGAAGAAUCGAAAAAGAUGGAGACAAUUUACGACCCAGAAAUCGGCCACAUCCUACCCUCAUUUCCUUUAUACAAAGCUCGCCAAAUCAUGACCCGAGCAGAUUUCAUACAGCAAUACGAUCACGACAAUAUCUUCACCAUUGACUCGAACGCGAACGUACGUGCCGACAGCGUACCUAUGAUGAACGCCUUUAAGGAAAUUUGCGCCGAGCCGGGCUUCGAUAAAUACCUUGAGGAUACGCUGGACCGUAUUUCUGCUAUCGAGAGUAUCGGCAGAACCAGAGAGUUGACGUUCAAGGAUCUCUGGAUUGAACAGCAGAAUGAGAUGAGAGGAGCAUACGAGACGAUACACAAGGAUGCACGGGGACGAGAGGUUGGGAGGACGGAGUUUAGGGUCAAGCCGGAUCCACCGAAAGAGGAGGACGAGGACGAGGACGACGACAAGAAGUAA